CCAACUAACGAAGAAGCACCCGCCACAGACUUGGUAGCUGCAUUGCCGCUCCUCAGACUCUUUCCUUCAUUUCAUUGUCUUCGAUCUUUUCGUACCUCUCAAUUCUUCCCCAUUUAUGUUUCUCAAAAACCCUCUUGGAGGUUUCGGUUUCGGUUUGAGUCAUGGAAGAACAAGGCACGGCUAUAAUUUUAGCAAGAGCGACGGAGCUGAGGCUGAAGAUCAGAGGCUCUGUUAACACCACCACGAGUUCGCCGGAAACUGACAUUCGGGAUGAUCGGUUCGCUGUGGAUGAAAAUAAUGGCGUCGGUUCGAGUGGGGAGGCGGAGGAAGAAGAUGAGGAAUCGGUGAGGCUUUUGAAAAUCUGCGAUGCGCUUGCGUCUCUUGAGAAUCAGCUCUCUUCAUUGCAGGAUUUACAACAACGGCAAAGGUACGAGAAAGAAGUAGCCCUUUCCGAGAUCGAGCAUAGCCGCAAGAUUGUACUGGAUAAGCUGAAGAAGUACCAAGGACAGGAUUUGGAAGUGAUACAUGAGGCUUCAGCUUUUGUUAGGGAGACAGUGCAGCACAACAAGGAUUUCAUGCUCCCUCCAUAUCCAAGCCAUCCUGAUAAAAGCUACACACAUCCCUUCCCUUCUGGACAUGAGUCCGUGACUAAUGGGCUAACGGACACCACGACAAAUAUAGCUACAAAGGAACUCACUGAAUCAGAAAGAAAACAAUCAAAAUCGCAUUCGAGGAACUCGAGAAACUCGAGAAACGGAUUGGGAACUUUCGCUAGUGUAGCUGCAAAAUCAGUGGUUACCGUCGUUGCCAUUGUAUCCAUACUGCACUUAACUGGUCUUACUCCGAAGUUUGCACGGAAAGUUUCUUCUUUGAAGGUUUUCAACAUUUUUCGACCGUCUGCAGCUGGAAGCAAUGGAUCACACAAUGUAUGUUCUCCAGUUGAAGCUCAUCAGUGCAUUGUGAAAGAGAGAAUUGAAGUUCCAUUUUCUUCAGCUGUGGUUAAACCAGAUGUAAACUAUGGAAGGGGAUGACGACAAUUCAAUCCACAGGCUUCUGUGAGAAAAAUGUAAAGAGUGUGCUUGUUAACCUCUGGUUGGAACGAAAAGAUGAGUAGGCGACGUCUAAAACAAGUAGGGAAAGCAAGAACUCGUUGUUGUAGUCAUCGACCAGAGUCGAUUAUGGACAAGACUACGACGAGU